AUGUCGCACGAGGAAGAGAAGCGUCAGCUGUACAACCGGCAGGAGUACGUCGUGGGCGCCGAGACGCAGGCGAAGUACGGCAGCACCGACGUCCUCGUCGUGGGGGCCUGCGGGCUGGGGGCGGAGCUGGUGAAGAACCUCGCCCUCACGGGGGUGCGCUCGAUCAAAGUCAUGGACGAUGGCGCCGCCACCCUGCAGGACCUCGGCACGAACUUCUUUCUGACCCCGCAGGACGUCGGCAAGCCGCGGGCGGGCGUGGUGGCGGCGCGGGCGCAGGAGCUGAAUCGCUUCGUCAGCGUCACCGCCGUGACGCGCCCGCUGCAUGAGGUGCUCCCCACCGUUCACGUGGUGGUGUUUGCGAACCAACGCACCACGGCGCUUUCCGGCGAAAACGCCCUCGCACGGAGGCACGGUGUAAAGUUUGUGGCGUGUGAAAGCCGGGGUAUUGUGGGGUGCGUCUUUGUGGACGCGGGGCCCUCCUUCAGCGUGCUGGACCCCGACGGCGAGGAGACGGUCUCCUGCAUCGUCACAAGCAUCUCGCGCGACGGCGUCGUCUCGCUGCAUGAGGACAAGAACCACGAGUGCGAGGUGGGGAGCCAUAUCUUUUUCACAGGUGUCGUCUCGCCUGCCGCGGUGAACGCGGACAUUGACCCAUCCGCUCUGCACGGCCGCUGCCACAGUGCCGCCUCCUCCUCGCUGAACCUGUUCGAGGUGGCGGAGGUCAUCUCGCCGUACAUUCUGCGCCUGAAGAACUUCGAGGCGGUGGUGGGCGACGACCCCAUCGACGUUGGCACCGCCGCCUACCUCCACACAACAAAGCGACACGUGCUGAUGGGAUUUAAGGACCUGGAGCAGAGCGUCGCCGACCCGGCAUUUAUUACCGUCUUUGAUAGUGAGCACAAACUGAACGCCCCAGCCACGCUGCACGCCGUCUUUCGGGCCCUGCACGAUCACGGCACGCUGCCAUCGACCCCCGCGGAGGUGAAGAGCGUGCUGACUGCGGCCGAGGCGUAUUACAGCAGCUGCAACAGCGGCCACCUUGACGCGGCAGCCGCCAAGUCUGUUCUUUCUGUGAUUCAUGGAAAUCUUAACCCGAUGGCGUGCUUCAUUGGGGGCAUCGCCUCGCAGGAGGUGCUAAAGGUGUGCAGUGGGAAGUUUACGCCGAUACAGCAAUGGCUGUACUACGAUGCAAGGGAGCUGCUUGUCGCCCGCGGCGAGGUGACGGAGGCGGAUCUGCGCCCCCCCACCCCGACUGGCAGUCGCUACGACCAGCAGAUUGCGGUUCUUGGGGCCGAGUUUCAGUCGUACUUGUCGACGCAGUGGGCCUUCAUCAUUGGUGCCGGGGCGCUGGGGUGCGAGCUCAUCAAGAAUGCCGCCUGCAUGGGGCUGGGCGGCAUCUCCAUCACAGACAUGGACAACGUUGAGAUGAGCAACCUCUCGCGCCAGUUUCUCUUCCGCAACAGUCACAUUGGGCAGCACAAGUCAAAGGUGGCGGGGGAGGCGGCCAGGGCGAUCAACCAUGACCUGCAGGUGAACUCCUUCGUGGAGAAGGUCUCGGCCGAGACGGAGGGCAUUUUUAAUGAAAGAUUUUGGGACUCGCACGCCGUCGUCCUCAACGCGCUCGACAACGUGGAGAGUCGCAAGUACGUGGAUAGCCGCUGCCUCUUUUACAGGAAGGCCCUUUUUGAGAGUGGCACGCUGGGAACGAAGUGCAACGUGCAGUGCAUCAUCCCCUACUGCACGGAGAGCUACAGCAGCAGCCAUGACCCGCCGGAGAAGUCGAUUCCGCUCUGCACCUUGAAGAACUUCCCCAACGCCAUUGAGCACACGAUUCAGUGGGCGCGGGACAACUUCCACGUGCUCUUCACCAGCACACCCGAGGAGGUCAACGCGUACCUGCAGGACCCCGUCGUGUUUGCAGCCGAAUUGGAGCGGGAUCCGGCUAACAAAACACUGUCGCUGAAGGCGGUUCGAGAUGCGUUGGUGCGGUGGCCGGCCGACGCCGCGGACUGCGUGCGGAUCGCGCGAAGGCUGCACCAUGAGUACUUUAAUGACGCCUUCCGACAGCUGCUCUACAACAUCCCGGUUGACAAGCGCAACGAUAACGGGGAACUGUUCUGGAGCGGUGCAAAAAAGCCGCCAACCCCGCAGGAGUUCGCGCCAGACUCCGAGUGGAGCGUGUCGUUUGUGUACCACUGCGCCUACCUGCUCGCGUGCGUGUACGGUCUGCCGCCGUUCAUGCUCUCGCGCGAGGAGGUGGUGCGGCUGGCGCAGGAGACCGCGGUGCCUGCGUUUGUGCCGCGCCAAGCCGUCUUUGCCACCAGUGAGACGGAGAAGGAGGAGCCUGUGGCACAACUGGCCGCCGACGUCCGCCUGCAGGACCUGCCGCCGGUGGGCAACUUUCACGGGCGCCGCAUGUUUCCGCUGCUGUUCGAGAAGGAUGACCCUACGAACCACCAUGUGGAGUACAUUACGGCCUGCUCGAACAUGCGUGCCGUCGCGUACAGCAUUCCGCCCGCGGGUGUGCAUCACACCAAGCGUGUCGCAGGGAACAUCAUUCCGGCAAUGCUGACAACCACCGCCCUCGUCACGGGCCUCGUGGGGCUGGAGUUGCUCAAGCGCCUGCUGCUUACCUGGCGCUGGGAGAAGAGUGGCAGGCCGGCCAACGCCGUGCCCGCGCAGGACGAGAUAAAGGAGCAGCUUAGCAUCUACCGCAACUCCUUUGUCAAUCUUGCUUUGCCGUUCUUUGCCUUUUCUGACCCCAUCAUGGCCCCUGGCUCGUCGUACAUGAUGCCGGACGGGCAGUCCGUUCGCUGGAGUAUUUGGGACCGCAUCGACGUCAACGAGGGGCGCGACCUGACGGUGCAGGAGCUGGUCUCCGCGCUCGAGAGCCGCUACCAGGUGGAGCUCUUCAUCAUCGCCCUCGCCAGCGGCAAGAUGAUUUACUCGCAGUUCGGCAACACGAAGGACCGCGGCAGGCCGGUCUCCGCUGUGGUGCAGGAGCGCGGGGAGCAGCUGCAGGACGGCGAGGACUGCUGCUGCCUGAUCGCCACCGGCAGCAUGGGCGACGUCGACGUGGACAUCCCCGUCAUCCGCUACCGCUUCCGCAACUUUUGA